UGUGUAGGUACAUACCAACACGGAUCCCUCUUUCUCUAUCUCAUCCUCUUUUGCACUUUACUCUUUCCACCUCUAUCACACCCCCCCCUGAAAUUUUGCACAGUUUGCAAAAUCACAGCCACAAGAAAGUCAGUCAGUAAGUCAGUGAGUCAGUUGGUGGGUUGUUAAUAAAAAUAAAAAGAAAAAAAAAAAAAUUUUUUUCGAAAUUGGUUCCUCUUUUAAUAAAAAGUGACACCGUCGGUGGUGCCUGCUACCGGUUAAAUAUUGAGUCCUUCCGGUUAUAUUGUCAGUGUUUAAAAUGCAUUGAAGAAAAAUCUAACAAUGGAGGAGUCACGGGAAAUAGGAGGCAUGCCUUCCGCUUCCGUUUCUUCAAUACUUCUUCUACUUCUUGUUACCACCACGGAUGCCCAGAGAAGUUUAGAGUUUUAUGACCUGCUACCAGAGGAUCCAAAACUUUAUGAUAAGAUGAGACCACCAAAACAAGGUGGACAAGCAACUGCUGUUUAUUUUCAUGUAACUGUCAUGGGUCUCGAUUCAAUCGAUGAAACUUCGAUGACUUAUGCUGCGGACAUUUUUUUCGCUCAAACUUGGAAGGACAAUAGGCUGCGGCUUCCUGAAAACAUGACGUCCGAAUAUAGAUUAUUAGAAGUCGAUUGGCUGAAGAAUAUGUGGCGACCGGAUUCAUUUUUCAAGAAUGCGAAAUCCGUCACUUUUCAAACAAUGACGAUUCCAAAUCACUACUUGUGGCUUUAUAAGGAUAAAACAAUUCUUUACAUGGUGAAACUGACAUUAAGGCUGUCUUGUGCUAUGAAUUUUCUUAUAUAUCCACACGACACGCAAGAAUGUAAACUGCAAAUGGAGAGCUUAUCGCAUACGACGGAUGAGAUGAUUUUCCAGUGGGAUCCCGACGUACCCCUUGUUGUCGACGAAAACAUUGAAUUACCCCAGUUACAACUUGUUAAGAAUUAUACGGCCGACUGCACGCAGGUCUAUUCUACUGGAAAUUUCACUUGUUUAGAGGUAAUUUUCGUCCUGAAACGUCGAUUGGGAUAUUAUCUAUUUCACACAUAUGUCCCAACGUGUUUAAUUGUAAUUAUGUCGUGGGUGUCUUUUUGGAUAAAACCGGAAGCAGCGCCAGCGAGAGUGACACUUGGAGUGACUUCAUUGCUGACACUUUCGACUCAGCAUGCAAAAAGUCAAGCAUCACUACCGCCAGUAUCAUAUUUAAAGGCUGUCGAUGCAUUUAUGUCAGUCUGCACAAUAUUUGUAUUCAUGGCCUUAAUGGAAUAUUGUCUAGUGAAUAUUGUACUUGGUGAUCACGAUAUGCCACCCCCAAAACCAAAACCAGCCCCACCGCCACAACCUCCAGCAUCAUCAUCCGGUCCAGAUUCCACUAAAUUGGACAAAAUCUUCGAUAUCGCCAGCAAGGAGAAUGCAAUGUUACUAUCGGGUCGAUCACAGAAAUCGACAACGGGUCCACCACCUGGUCUAACACCGGCCCAAAGAGGAAAAAUGCGCGCCCUCAGUAUAGAUCGAUUUUCAAGAGUAUUCUUUCCAUUUUUAUUCACAUUACUCAACGUCUCGUAUUGGAUUAUGUUUGCCGAGUAUAUUUAAAAAAAAAAAAAAAAAAUACCAAUUUUCCACGAAAAAUAAAAUAAAAAAUUUUGAAAAAGAAAAGGGCCUAAGGGGAAUGAGCAGAAUUAAAAGAAAAGAAAAAACUUCAGAACGAAGAAAAGAAGAAAAAAUGGUGAAAAAUAGAUAAAGAAAAAAUUAGAAAUACAAAAGAAGAAAAAUCUGAAAAAAGAAUAAAAUAAAUAAAUAAAGAGAAAAAAGACAAAUGGAGAGAAAUAAACGUAAAAAGAAAUUAUUUGAAAAAAAAAAUUAAUAAACGGUAAGCAGUCAAUUUCUCUAGCCCGAAAAUUAUCAUUAAGAGCAUUCUAUAUUAUACAGUAAUCUCUCGAUAGGAAUUAUCUAUUUAAAUUAUUUUACAAUUUUAAAUUUAAAAGAUAAAAUUUUCUUUUAUAUUAAAAUUGAAAAAGUACACUGAACAUACGAUAAGUGUUUCAUGUAUUCAAUUAUCGAGUAUCUACCGUCUUUUCAAAUUUUUACCAUCACUUAUCGAGAGUUCACUGUAUUAAGAAUUUCUUUCUCCAAAUAAUAAACUUGCAAUUUUUAAGACUUUUUUAAAGAAAAAAAAACUAUAUAGCACAUCGCAUCUUACACAAUAGAAUUAUUGUCAUUAUCAUUAAGAUUUAAACAUUUUCAAAAAAAAAAAAAAAAAUUUUAAAUUAAAAAUUUAUUUAAAAAAAUUUUCUUGCAUGUUCAAUUUUAAUGUCACUUAAUUAUUUAUCUAAAUACUAAUUCAAUAACUAAUUGGCUUUUUCAUUACUUAUUUAUAAUUAGUUAAUUAUUUAAUUUUUUAGUUAAUUAAUGAAUAGUUGUCGAAUUUAUUGUUUCUUAAAUUUAUUUAUUUAAAAAAAAAGUUUGGAUCAUCGUGAAAAUUUUACUUUCUAAAAUAUUUCAACCUGGGACACAGUAAUGUCCCACAUAUGCCCUUAAAAAAAAAAAAAAUUGCUUAUAAAGGAAACCGUCUCUUACAAAUAAUGAAUUGUUGCAAAUUUUGCGACAUUUUUUUUUUUUUAGAUUGAUGUUUAAUAAAAAAUACCACAUGAUCAUGAAAUAUAAAUUAUAUCUCUACGACUCAAGAUUCUGAAUUUAGAAUUAAAAAUACAACGAAAAAAAUUAAAAGCCAUAAUGUAAUUUAAUAUUCAUAACAGUAGUGAAUAUCUAAAAAUAUUUGAAGCGCUUAUUCUGAGAUUAAAAAUUUUUAUUCCCUUCUAAUAUAGUAAAUUUCCCAAAUUUUUACAAUAAAACUUUAAAAAAUUCUAGUGAUAAUUGUAAUUAAUUUAAAAAAUUUGUUCUAGUUAAUUUUUCUUUUUUUUUUUUUUAAAUAAAAUUAAUCAAAUUCUUUUCAAUCGUGUGGUAUAAUCGUCUCUAAAUUUAGGGGGAAAAACUCAAUUUUUUCAAGAGAUAUUACAAAAAAAAAAAUGAAAAAACUGCGAAAUAUAAAAGAAAAAAAAAUGUAAAUUAGUCAAACAGUCAUACACAAACAUAUUUGUAGAAAACUCGAAGGUUUAAAAAAAAAAGUUAUAUGUAUAUUAUAAUUCGGAAAGCGUGUAUAUUAUAAAUAAUUAUAAAUUAUAAAUAUUUAUUAAAUCUCAUAAAUAUAAUAUUAUGAGAUUUGCAAACACUACAUUAUUAUUAUGCUUGAAUAAAUAUUAUUAAAUAACUAAAAAAGAUAUAUAUUAUUUUCAAGAAACAAUAUUAAAAAUAAAAUUUGUUUCUUUAAUAAAAAUAAAGAAAAAAAAAAAUUUCUCAAUUAUUAAAGCGCUCUUUUAUUUUCAAAUAAAAACG